AACUCGAAAAUGAGUAGCCUAACCAACUUACGUCUCACCAACUGCAAUGACUUCACCGUAAACGCUCAUAGGCUCAACAACCUCAAUUCCGCUUCUCUCUCUCCUUCCCUUUCGUUUCCCGCAAGCUUCAAUUGCCGGACUCCUCUCACGACCUCGUUUUCCAUGGACGCCGCGGUUUCUUCCAAAGUCAAGGCUUCAUCCACCAUCGGUACUGUCUGUGUGUGUGCGUGUGUGCGUGUGUCUAAAUUGAGUGAAAUUGUCGGUUGAAUAUUUCGUGCGACUGAGUUCGGAUUGUGUUUCUCGCGGAAUACGUUGUGCGUUUGGUGGAUGUGGUGGUUGGAUGAUUGCAUUUUUGCAGAAAUGCGCGAGCGAUUUUUGAAGUGUGUUGCAGCUGAGCGUUUGCUUGAUUUUACGAGAUAUUUUGGUGAACGAUUACGUUAGGAUAUGAAAAAUCUACGAGCUCAUGUAAAUCGUAUAUGCUAUGUGAGUAAUUGAGGAUUGCAGUGUCAUACUGUGGAUGUUUAAGUGUGUAUUUGUGGAUAAGGCUGAAUAGUAUAAAAUUAUUUUGGAUGAUAGUUAAUUUCUAUUCAUUAAUUUGUUUGUGUAUAUAUAUAUAUAUAUUUGUUUAAUAGCUCAGCUUGGUGAAAUGUCAAACUAAUUUUGACCGUUUUUUAUGGAAUUUCUCUUGCUGCAGCAUUAACCUGAGAAGUGAUGACAUCUGCUUGACAUUAUCCGAGAGAGUUAGUUUAGUUUGAACUUUGCUCUAUCAAGGCAGUAGCAUUAUGUUCGCACACAGCUUGGACUAUGGCAAAAACUUUGCGAAGCCUGAUAAAUAUGUGUUUCUUGUAGUGGUUUCAUCAGUUUGUGUGUUUUCGCUGUUAUUGACUGGUGUGCCUAACAAUGAACUGGAAGCUUCAUCUGCUGGAGCAGUUGGUGCCAAUGACUUGCUGAUUGUUGGACCUGGAGUUUUGGGGCGUAUAAUAGCUGAAAAGUGGAGAGAGGAACAUCCAGGUUCUCAAAUCUAUGGGCAGACCCUUACGAGCAAUCAUCAUGAAGAGUUAAUAAAGAUGGGGAUCACUCCAUCUCUGAAGGAAACCAAAGUAGCUCAUAAGUUUCCCUAUGUCAUCUUCUGUGCUCCUCCAUCUAGAAAUUUAGAUUACCCUGGUGAAGUCAGAGAAGCAACCUUAAAUUGGAAUGGUGAAGGGUGCUUCCUUUUUACUUCAAGCUCGGCUCCAUACGACUGCAAUGAUAAUGGGUACUGUGAUGAGGACACUCCAGUCGUACCCAUUGGAAGGAGCCCCAGAACAGAUAAUCUACUUAAAUCAGAGAAAGUUGUGCUGGAAGCUGGUGGUUGUGUUGUUAGACUAGCUGGACUUUAUAAGGCAGAUAGAGGUGCACAUACGUACUGGUUGGAGAAAGGGACUCUUGAAGUUCGGCCAGAUCACAUCCUUAAUCUCAUACAUUAUGAGGAUGCUGCUUCACUAUCAGUCACUAUUUUAAAGAAGAAUUUCCGUGGGAGGAUUUUUCUUGGCUGUGACAAUCACCCUCUAUCCAGGCAAGAAGUAAUGGAAUUGGUAAAUAGGAGUGGAAAAUACAGUAAGAAGUUUGAGGCGUUUACAGGAACAUCAGAUCCUCUAGGUAAGAAAUUAAACAACUCUAAAACUCGUGCAGAACUAGGAUGGGAGCCAAAAUAUCCAAGCUUCGCGCAAUUCCUUGAAACGCUCUGAGUAACUCGUGCGAAACCAUUCUCAUAGAGCGAUACACAUAUUGAGCUGGUAGCGUAUACUGAUCGCUGAAUAGUAAGUACUUUACGUGAAUCAUGUUACAUCCAACUGAUAAUUUUUUGUCUCAUCUUGUGCUGGUUAUAUAACAUACUCCAUUACCGCGCAUGGAUGUUGCAUUCUUUCGGAAUUCUCAAAUUUCUGCAGCUUUAGUUUACAAAGCUUUGAUCCUAUAUUAAAAUUCCUUUCGUAAAUUUCGGAGUAUGAUUUUUCUCUUCAAUAGGUCCUCAUUUUUGCUUUUUAUAUGGACUUUGCAUUCUUUUUUCUUCUUCUUUUUCUGCCCAAAAUAUUUGGCGAUUUAUAUUUGGUGACAUUUUUUUAAAGGUUUGUGUUGAGGUAUAGGUUAGAUUUUGUGGCCUUUACUGAAUCCAUUUCCCACUUCUUGUAGGAGGGAAUAAAGUAAAUUCAUGAGUUGUGAAUUUCUGUAUUAAAAUAGACAGGUAAUGUCUUUUCUUUGAAGCUGUAUAAUUGAAACUCUGAAACAUUUAUUGACGAGAAAAUAUUAGCUAUAACAUGUCACUUGACGCAUGAUUGCCACAAAAGAAAAA